GGAACAGGAAGUAUCCUAUUAAGGAAUGGUGUCUCACACAUAAACUUCCGGAAGGGUGUAUACUUGAAGCGAAUUCUAUCAGGAAUUAAAAAAGCUAAAAUAUAUUUCCUUUUUCAUUCCUCUUGUCCAAAACGGAACAAUGUCCAAGUCUCUGAAGAAGAUCGUGGAGGAGAGUCGGGACAAGAACAUCCCAGAGGUGGAGAUGUGCGACAGGGGCAUUUCGAACAUGUUGGACAUCCCAGGACUGUUCACUCUGUCCAACAUCACUCAGCUGGUCCUCAGCCACAACAAGCUCACAGCGGUGCCCGCUAACGUCUCCGAGCUGAAGAACCUGGAGGUUCUGAACAUGUUCAACAACCAGAUUGAAGAGCUGCCUACUCAGAUCAGCAGUCUUCAGAAGCUGAAACAUCUCAACCUCGGUAUGAAUCGUCUGAGCGUCUUGCCCAGAGGAUUUGGUUCAUUGCCAGCUCUGGAAGUGUUGGACCUCACCUACAACAACCUGAACCAGAACUCCCUGCCAGGGAACUUCUUCUACCUCACGACUCUUCGUGGUCUCUAUCUGAGCGACAAUGAUUUCGAGGCCCUGCCUGCUGACAUCGGGAAGCUGACCAAGCUGCAAAUAUUGAGUAUGAGGGAUAAUGAUCUGAUCUCGCUGCCGAAGGAGAUCGGGGAUUUGGCUCAACUCAAAGAGCUCCACAUCCAGGGCAACAGACUGACUGUCCUGCCCCCUGAACUUGGUAACCUGGAUCUGACGGGUCCUAAACAGGUGUUCAAAGCAGAGAAUAAUCCCUGGGUCACACCCAUUGCAGACCAGUUCCAGCUGGGCGUCUCCCAUGUGUUUGAAUAUGUUCGCUCAGAGACCUAUAAGUAUCUCUACGGCAGACACAUGCAGGCCAACCCAGAACCUCCGAAGAAGAGCAACGAUAAGACGAAGAAGAUCAGCCGCAAACCUCUGGCCGCCAAGAACAAGUGAAGACCUGGACGGAGACGUCUGCCGCUCAGACUCACUGCAUGUGCCUUUUCUUCUUCUUCUUCUUCCUCCUUUUUAUUAUUAUUAUUAUUAUUAUUAUUAUUAUUAUUAUUAUAAAAACAAACGUUUUGUAUCUCAAUGACAUGUGUGAAUUAUGUUUCUGAAUAUGGAGCGUUAAAUAUAGUUUGUAUUCCACUGUGCCUGAGUAUAGAUGGAUGUUCUGGUGGGAGGAGAUCCCACUUACCCACUGCACGCUGAAGUUCUACGACUUCAACGUCACAAGUCUACUAAAACUCAUUCUGUUCAAAUAUAUUUCUUAAAGUAUAUCUCAGCAUCUUCAUGUGAAGCAGUUCUGCCUCUCAUUCAAUCCAUGUGUUCAGCAGUGCGUUUGAGCUUCACAUUUCUCUGUAUGCAGCACUUUAUCUCAGCGUUCAGUAUUCACACACAUUUUAAACAGGAAAUGCAUUUUGACACAUGUGCAGGUCAUUUCAGAUGUGUUAGCAGGUACUUUAUGAAUGUUCUUCCCUCAGUUUCAUUACUAUACCAACAAGCAAACACCUUUUAAAUACACGCAUCACUAUUAUCUGUAAGAUUGAGCGAGCGGGCUCAGUUCAUCCCAGAGAGCAACUUCACAAAGAGUUGAUUUGUGCCGCUGAAAGCACCAAAACCCAUAAAGUCUCGCAGCUGAUUGCCAUUUGCCUUUUUUUCCACGUGUCACGUGUCAAAGUAUAAAUGUUGCCUUUGCACCAAGAACACAGGAGGCAGAACGAUGACAGAGGAAAAGAAACACGUGCAGAUUGAGCUACAGGUGCAGAGCUAGAGGUCUAGUGGUCUAGUGGUACGCCUUCCAAACAAAACACUAGAAGGUCGGGAGUUCAACACCAGGCUGCCACCAUUGUACCCCUGAGCAAGGCACUUAACCUGAGUUGCUCCAGGGAGACUGCCCCUGUACUUAGUUCACUGUAAGUCGCUCUGGAUAAGAAUGUUUUGAUUCCUUUGGUGUUAAAACGUUGCACAACCCUUCUGUGACUUGGCCCUCUGAGAGUCGACUCCACAUGCUCUCUCGUUAACUUAUUGUUCAAAGCUUCACCAAGUGUCCGUCACAUUUCAAUCCAUAUAAUCCAUUUUAUUUUAAAUCCUCAUGCUUUUAUCACAGGCCAAAAUAUAACCAAAGUUCCUCAUGCUCACUGUAUCGAACACUUCAAUAAUAUUAUAAUAAACUAUCAAAAACAA